UUACUCUGGGGCAGAGUCCUCUGAGCAGACAGGAAACAGGCUCCAUUCUCAGGGAUCCCUCAGAGCUUGGCCUUUGCAAAGUCUCCUGGCAGCUCCAGCUCCCUGUGCUCUGCUGCUUCAUGUCCCCAAGGAAGCUUUUGCAAUCCUUUCAGUUCUGCAAUUCUGAUCAAUAGAACUGUGUGUGUGGGGAGGCUGCAGCCACAGGCUUGGGCGGACAGGACCUGGAAGCAGACCCAGCAAGCAGAAUACGCCAGUGCUCUUCAAAGUUUGGCAUUGGAAAGAUCACGCUGCAUCCAUUCAACUCUGGCAGCUAUAGCAGGCAUCUCAGCCAGUCUACUGCAAGCUAGAGCCUAGAGGAAAACCCCUGCUGGGGGGAAUGGGAUGGAAUUCAGAGCCUUGUCUGCAGCCUGGCUGGAGGAGGGGGAGGGAGGCGAUGAGAAACCAAUGUGACAGGUGGGGAGGACCAGGCUCAGAGGUUAACCAGCACUGAACAGCAUCACCUCACUCCAGAGCCCUCUGCACAUGCCAGGGCAGGAACACUGUCCUGGCUGUCAAGGCUGAUGGACUCCUCUGGAAGCAACAGAAUAAGAAGAAAAGAAGAGGACAGAAAAUUUUCUGCUUUGGAAGAAUCGGGUCAGUGACACAAUGUCCUCGAAGGGGGGAAUUAGCACUCUUUCACCCCUGAGUGUCACCACCCUGUCCGCUAACACCUCAUGCGGGGUGGACUCUGAGUUCAGAUACCCCCUUUUCACCAUCAUGUACAGCUUCAUCUUCAUUCUGGGCUUCAUUGCCAAUUGCUAUGUGCUGUGGAUUUUCUGCCAGGUUUAUGCUUGGAGGAAACUAAACGAAAUCAAGAUCUUCAUGGUGAACCUGAUAGUGGCUGACCUGCUGUUCCUAAUCACACUGCCCCUGUGGAUCGUUUACUAUCACCACCAAGGAAACUGGAUUAUGCCUACAUUCCUGUGUAACGUGGCCGGCUACUUGUUCUUUGUUAACACCUACUGCUCCAUCGCCUUUUUGACAGUCAUCACAUACAACCGAUUCCAGGCAGUGACCAAGCCCAUCACAGCUGCUCAGUUCCCCACCCGGAGAAGGGGUAUCUUCCUCUCCGCAGCUAUCUGGGUGGUGAUAGUGAGCAGUGCUUUGUACUACCUCAUUGGCGAUGGAACUAAUGAGGAGGAGAUUAACAAUAGCACCAUCAAGCGGUGUUUCGAGCGCUAUAACACCACUGGCGACACUCUGCCCAUCCUCGCCAUCCACGUUGUCAUAUUCAUUAUUUUUGUCUUCAUUUUCCUGUUUAUACUGGUGUGUAACUUGUUCAUUAUCAGGACACUGCUGACCAAGUCAGUGCAGCUGCAGAAGAGCACCCGUGUCAAGCAGAGGGCAUUCAGGAUGGUAUGCACUGUCCUCGCUGUAUUCAUCAUAUGCUUUGUACCUCACCAUCUCAUUGACCUCCCCUGGACGCUGACGGUCCUAGAACUGUGGCAGAAAGAAAACUGUCCAUUGCGCCAGCAGAUCAAUGAUGCCCAUCAGGUGACUCUAUGCCUCCUGAGCACCAACUGCAUGCUGGACCCUGUCAUCUACUGCUUCCUCACCAAGAAGUUCAGGAAGCACCUUUCAGAGAAUCUUAAAAGCAUGAAAGGGAGUCGCAAGUGUUCCAGGCAAACCACUGAAACAGUGAUUGAGGGCACAGUGCCCAUCAAUGACCUCCCCACCAAUCCCAUGAGAAAUGAAUACAGCCCUGUCUCUUACUGAGCAGGGCUGGGCUACUUGUGUCAUCAGCUUCCUCUCACUAAGCCAGGCCGGAGAGGGACACAUCAAUGGGCCAGAUCUCUGCAUUUCCAUCAGGAAGAGGAAAUAUGAGCAUUCAAUCCCCGUAUCCACAAAUGCAACCAGAGGAAUACGGACCCAGCAGGGGCUGCAAAGGGGCACCUUCUGACACAUACUGAUGCUUCAUGGGACACUAAUCACAGCUCAGCUUGUUUUCUUUUCUGUGAAGAAAAAUGCCAUUGACUUUGUGUCUUUCCCCCUCCUCCGAUCUCCUUGUGUGAUCUGUCAGCACUUUAACAUGGGAAUUGCCAUGAGGAGAGCUCACUCUUAUGAAUGACAGAGAUUCUAUGGGAUCUGAUCCAAGUAACCAGGCUGGGGAGAAGGGGGGUCUGUGAAAGUCGAUGGGUAUUGGUGAUGUGCUGGAAACCUCAGCCUUAGCUCCCCCAAUCCCUGGGAUCCGUAUGUAUAGAUUUUAAGGCCACCAGGGACCAUUAUCUAGUCUGACCUCCUGCAUGUCACCGGCUAGAGAAUGUCACCUUAUUCCUGGACUCAGCCCAAUAACUUCUGGUUGAGCUAGCACAUAUCUUUCAGAGAGACCGAAUAUCAACUGCAAACCUCCAAGUGACAGAGGAUGAUUGCCAGCAUAGGAAUUAAGAUAGCAAAUGAAUGGGGUUUUAAUGCUUCAUCAUCAUAGCUUUUAUUUCUUAUAGAUGGGAUUAUAAAGAGGGAGUGGCUAUUGUCCCUAAGAUUGUGCUGCUGGAAACAAAGUAAUGUAGCUGGUUGCUUAUUUGAAGACUGUUUUCUGGUAUUUUAUCAUUAAUAAACUAACAGCUUGUGGCCACACCCGAGGGCACCCUCCAAACUACUCAACUGCUGCCGUGGUGUUAAGUCCAGUGCAAAAAUGUUACGGGUUUUAAGCUCAGGCAUUCAGUCCAGGGUGAAAUGGAUCCUGCUCAGGGGCGGCUCCAGGCCCCAGCAUGCCAAGCGCAUGCUUGGGGCGGCAAGCUGUGUGU